AUGGUAACUGCAUUUAUCAUAGUCACAGAGAAAUAAACGUUGUCAUGCUGAAGUUUACGCUGUUAGUUGUGCUUUUUGCUAGUCCCAGCUGGGCAGUACUGCCUCAGUUCUCCUGGGACACGCUGCCUGUAUUUUUUCACUCAUCCAACUCAACUGGAAAGUACAAUGAUGAUGCUCUCAAGACAAUUGCAAAGUUUCAAAUGGCAACAAUUGAAAAGUGGAUGGGACAUGAUAUGAAGAAUAUUGAUGAUGAGGAUGAAAUGGUGCUGGCCAUGAGAGCCAUCAAAGCAGCCAAUCCCAAGAUUGCCACCUACUUUUACAUGAACUCCUUUAAAGAUCGUCCUGAGAUGACACGGAUGGCCAGAGAAUUGUCCGAACAUCCCAACUAUUACUUGCGUGAUAGUAAUGGAACUCGAGUCAAAAAUGGUCAAGAAUUUUAUGCUUUCGAUUUAUCGAACCCUGAUGUCCGGCAAUGGUGGCUGAAUAUUUGUUUGAAUGCUACGAAAUUUGCAAAUGGUGAUGGUUGUUAUUGUGACUCUUCACAGAGUGAAAACUCUAAGUUUCAUCCGGAGCCACCCGCAAAAAAACUAAAGAGUUGGGGCGAAGGUAUGCUUAAUCUGACACGGGAUGUACAAGAAGCUUUAGGUGAGAAUAAGCUACUUAUUGGGAAAUAUUCUGGUCAGCCUUAUGUCAAAGCCGUUCAAUUAGAGUUCUUCGAACCUAAAAAUGAUUCAAUCGUUUCUCUUAUGCUCGGUGCCAGCCAUGGUCAAGUUGUACAAGCACAUGUACCAGUAAAUGUAAAAUGCUCAAGUGAUCUCACUAACUACUUAGCUACAUUCCUGAUUGGUGCUGGACAAUAUUCCUAUUUUGGCUGUGGGAACUGGAAUGCUGCUGGAAAUGAUACUAGGCCUCUAACCUGGCGUCCCGAAUAUGACAAGCCUCUUGGAGCUCCAAAGAGUACAGGUGUGUACAACUCUCAGACUGGUGUGUGGAGUCGAUUGUUUGCAUCAGGAACAGAGGUCUCAUUCGAUACCAAGACCAACAAAGGAACAAUAAAGUGGUCACAAUAACUUAGCAUGCAUGUGUAUAUACAGUAUAUAGGACAGAUAAAUAGUCUAUCUACGUACAAAUUAGUUUGUGUGACAGUUUUUAUCCUUUACAGUUUGAAGGCAGAUCUAGCUCUGUAUCCUGUCUCUCUGGCGAGAUGGUAGAACUUAUCCUUACGGCUCUUGCCAAUCUUACCCUUCCUCCCCAUUGUCCUUCACUGUUUUUCUCUACUUCAGCCAGUACAGUGUUGUUUUGAAGUUUUUA